AUGAAUUUGCUGCAGAUGAUUACGUGGCACGCCUUGGCUUUUAACUCCAAAGCCCUCUGCAUCGACGCUCUAGUACACUCCUUGCGCAGAGGCUUUGGUGCGACCUCUCGGCACUCCUCCUCCGAGGCCUCUCCUCACAAAUCAGGAGGCAGAGUGCCCCUUCAGAGCCUGAGUGAGUCCUCCGGUGCGGAGAUUUCGGAUUUAGAGACUGAAAGUCCGAAGGAUAGCGGGAGUGCCAACAAGAGGGAGGUGGAGGAGGAGGAGGAUGCAGAGGACUUGGAAUUCGCGAUUCUUGAGGCAGCAGCUGCUGCAGAGGUGGAAACGGAGGCAGAAGAGUUGGGGGCAGUGAUAGCGACGUCUCAGCACGACCAAAAACUCGCUGAUGUCUGUCCUGUCCCUCCCUUCGAUGGCCCCGUUACGGCUUGGCAAUCAACAGCAGCAGAAGCAACCGGUGGUGGCGAGAUGUCAGGUCCUUGUCCACUGCACGCGGGUCUGGAAUCGUCUCCAUCGUCACUACACAACGGAAGCAGUGGUAAUCAGCAGUCACAGCCAUUGGCAACGAUUAACGGCGGUUGUAGGGGCUGGCUGAACUGCUUUCGACCGACACCUACGCCAUCGCGUCAACCACAUCACCAACCUGGUCGGUGGACAGGGGAGACGCCGACGCCCACAGCGACACCUACUCCGACACCCACUCCGGCGCCUCUUCUGCCAUUUCAACACCCCACACCCCCCUGGUUUCAGGCUUACUUGCCUCGUGAGGUCGCUCUCGAGUUGCUCACGCAUGAAGAGACAGGGAGCUUCUUGGUGCGAGACAGCGUGACCCAGCCGGGCUGUUGGGCGCUCUCGGUGCGAGUGCCAACCAACGUCAAUUGUGUUGGUAUCACUCAUUACCUCAUCCAACACUCUAAGCAUGGCGUCAAACUCAAGGGUCUGGAUAAGGAGUGGCCCUCCCUUGAGGCAUUGAUAACCCAUUUGACAGUGAUGCCCGAGAUGCUGCCCUGUCCGCUGCGUUUGCCGCCCGCAGCCCAUUCAGGUGGUGUCGGUAGCAACCACCACCAGGCUUCGAACCCCACCUUCACGGAGGAGGAAGAGGAAGAGGAGGGAGAGGGGGCAACGGGAGCAUUGGGGAUGGUGGAAAAGGGAUACGAAGAGUACCAACGGCUCUCAGACUUCUCCUCUAUGCUGGCCGACAUGCAACCUGCUUCAGCUGUGCCUCACCUCUUCCGGUAA